AUUUGUCUUGAAACAUCUGUCCAUACAGUGUAGGUGUGAGUAGAGAUGACUAGGCUAUAUGAGUAGAGACUCAGACAUGCUGAGAAUGAUUGUGAAAUGAAUCUCGGAUCUGUGGAAAUGUUGUGCUGCAAAUUCACUUUAAAGCUGCAGAAGAAAGUGCGCAAGACACUUCUGCAAGAUACGGGAACAAACCAACUCCUUUACAAACUCCUUUACCAAGUACAACCUGAUAGAAAAGCAGCAGGUGAAAGACCUACAGUAGCCUAAUAAAGUCAUCCAAGAACGUGACAGGGGCUCAGAACGUGAUGAAUGAACCCAAUGAGAAUAUAAUGAAAGUAUGGUGCUUCAUUUGAUGACAAUGCAGCACUUUAAGGGUUAAAAACAACAGGAUCUUCACACAUUAACCACAAGGAACCACUUGUGUUCUCUCACUUCCUUUUCUAUCUGCAGCAUGGUCACUUACACAACACACGACACUCGAGUAAAGCGGCGCAGAUGUACAGUCGUAUCCUCACACACACACACACACACGCAGUGAUUCAGUGGGUUAGUGUUUUAUAGUUUAAAGAUGUUUCAUUGUACUUCUAACAGAGGAGAUGAAGAGGACAUGACGGUGGUCGUCUAUAAAAUUGCGGAUGAUUUUAGAGGCUACAACACAGAGCUGGAGAAAGCUGAUACCAAGAGUAACCUACAAACUCAACACACAGGACUCAGUACUGUAUGGAGCAGAUGUUGCACACUGACCGCAGUGUGUGUGCUCCUGCUGUGUGUUCUCCUGCUGAGUGCCAUCACAGUGCUGUGGAUCCAAUUCACCAGCCUGACUACAGAAAACAACCAGUUACAGACCAGUUACAACAACCUGACUACAGAGAGAGACCAGUUACUGCAGGAGAGAUUUGAACUGCACAGUGCACUAUUAAAACUUGGAUGGAGAUUUUUCAACUCGAGUGUUUACAACAUUUCUACUGAAAAGAAGAGCUGGAAUGAGAGCAGAGACUACUGCAGAGAGAGAGGAGCAGACCUGGUGAUCAUAAAUAGCAAAGAGAAACAGGAGUUCAUCAGUAAACAUUUUGGUGGUACUGAAGCUUGGAUUGGUCUGACUGAUGGAGACACUGAGGGGGAAUUUAAAUGGGUGGACGGUGCACCACUGAGCACUGCGUUCUGGUGGGAGAGUGAACCCAAUGACCUUGGAGGCAGUGAGGACUGUGCUAUAACAGGCUUUAGAUUCGCUGAAUCUAACAUGUCGACCUGGGCUGAUUUUCCCUGUGACCACACUGUAGUGGAGAUUUGUGAGCUGAAAAUACUUAACUGAACGCAUGCGAGUCGGUCACGGAAACUGGAAAGUUUGAUCUUAAAAUGAUGAUAAUACUUUGCCAUGAUUAUUUUAAUAAGGAAAAAUGAAAAGGAUUAUUUUUGUAAGUGUUGUUCUGCAUUACUGUGGCUCUGUGUGCUAAUUCCAGGAGGUUUUUUUUUUUGUUAACUCAUCAAAAAAAAAAAAGUUUUGUCCUUCAUCUUACAUCGCUGAUCCUGGGAAUGCCUACGCCAAAAAUAAAUAAAUAAAUAAAUAAAUAAAUAAAUAAAUAAUUCUGCGCAUGCUCGGUGACCUGUAUAUUUUUUUUUUGUAAGGGAUUACAGGUAAUGAAGUUUGGACAGCAUGUUGUUUGUUUGUUUGUUUAUGCUAUAAGGUCCUACUUAUGUUUAUUACUAUUUACUAUUUUCACUAUGAUUAUCCUUCUUAACUUGUUUGCCAAUAAAUUCUUUAUCAAAUUAAAGUACGA